UGACGCGUGUGUUUCAACUGUUUGGCGCGAGCUCUUGACGAAUUUCAAAACGUUGAGAUUCAAACCGUCCAGACAGCGGACCGAGAGGCGUACAUCUUUGUCUCCACGGCUUUUGACCACGGCUAAUAGGACUGCAGGAGUCAUCGAUAUGUCUUGGGAUUUUUUCGUGCCUGUGUGCGUCGGUGACCUGGUGAAGACCGGGGGUAUCAACCAGUAUGUUGUUCAGGAUGUCGUCUCCCCUAAACAGCUGGCUUCUCAUCUCAACAGUUUCAAGGCAGCAUUGAGAAGCCAGGGACCCGUGUGUAUCUUGGAGCACUUUGACACAGGCUACAGUGUACUACAGCAUAGCAACACAGUGGACUUAAGUGUCAAAGAGGAUACCUUAGAAUUGCUGAUACAAGUGGUCAGUGGCCUGGCUGUUUCCCUGCCCUCGUUCCUCCAAUCCACCUCCGUCUUGGCUGCCAACCGUAAAGAGCAGCUUAAUGCAGUUAAAAUGAGCGUAUUCCUCCUCUGCAAACUCACUGAGACCCUUGAGAGUGACUCCUAUAGGCAGAAUAUUGUCACAACAGUUGGGAAGGGUGGUAAAAAGGGCAAGGCUGGUGAAGGGCUGCUGCAGUGGGAUUCAGAAAGGGAAAGUGUGCUACAGGCCCUUGUCCAGCUCCUCCAGCUGGACAUCCGCUCCCUCUGGAGCCUCUCUCUGGUGGAGGAAGAGUUUGUCAGUUGUGUGACAUGUUGUUGCUAUAAACUACUUGAGAACCCAACCAUCAGCCAUGUAAAGAGCAAACCUACCAGAGAUGGCAUAAUCCACCUGCUGGGGGUGCUGAUCAAGAAGUACAAUCACCUCCUGGGUGCAAGUGUGAAGGUGAUCCAGUUGCUGCAGCACUUCGAACAGUUGUCAAGUGUGUUUGCUCAGGCUGUGUCUGUGUGGAGCACAGAAUAUGGAGUUAGGGCUAUCAUAGGAGAAGUAAUAAGGGAAAUUGGUCAGAAGUCUAGUGAGGAGCUCGCCAGAGAGGGGUCAGGGGUCAAAUCCUUUGCCUCUUUCCUCUCAGAGCUCAGUGGUCUGGUGCCAGAAUUAAUGAUCCCCAACAUUAGUGUGCUCAUCACACACCUGGAAGGAGAGAGCCACAAUAUGCGCGUAGCUGUGUGUGAGGUGCUGGGAGAGAUCCUUGUGCGGGUUCUGUGUGGAGAUGGGCUGGAUGAGUCUGGUAAAGCUGAUCGCGACCGUUUCUUUGACACGCUGCAGGAACAUCUGCAUGACACACACUCCCACGUCAGGGCACGUGUGUUGCAGGUCUACACACGCAUCGUCAACAGCAAAGCUUUGCCCCUGUGUAGGUACAGUGAGGUGAUGGAGCUUGCUGUGGGACGGCUCAUGGACAAAUCUGUAAAUGUGGUAAAGAGUGCCAUCCAGCUGUUGGCAGCCUUCAUUGCACACAACCCCUAUAGCUGCAAGUUGAGCAGUGCAGAUCUGAAGAAACCCCUGGAGAAGGAGACAGCCAAGCUCAAAAUGAUGAAAGAGAGACAGGAGGGGGAAAAACCUGUGGCAGUGAUUAAAGCAUCUGAACUGUGGGCUGCCAUGGAACCUGAGCUGCUUGUCACUGUCAGGGCAGAGUUGGAGCCCACCAGUGAGACAGAGAAGCAGCAGCAGGAGGGGGUAGAGACUGGCAUGGUGGAAGAAAAGGAGGCAGAGGAUGACAGGGCCACCGCAGUGCAGAUUGCUCAGUUGCUUCGUGUCAACAAAUACAGGAAUGCUGUGCGUCUUUGUAUAAGAGCCCACAGCUGCUUCCCUGAGUCUGAGCUCUUCUCUGCUCUGUCCACUCUCACUCCUGAGUCUCUAAUGGACACACUGGCUCUUCUCUUCAAAGGCUCAGAUGAGGAUACCCCUGAGCUCAGCCAGAACCUGCCUCCAACCCCCCAGAAAGAGAAGGAGGCAGAGAAAGAGGGGGAGGACAGUGAGCUGAAGAAACAGGAGAUGUUGGUGCAGUACUUGAGAGAUACAGAGACUUUUGCUUUGCUAGUGGAGAGAGCCAUUUCUAUCAUAAACACCAUGCUCUACCUGAAAACCACCUCAGUGGUUCUGGAGGCGGUGCAGUUUUGUGUGACUGUUUGUGAAUUCAGUGUUGCUGACUCUCUGAGUGGUGUGAGGAAGAUGCUGCCGCUGGUGUGGUCAGCUGAUGCUGCCAUUAAAGAUGCUGUAGUGCAGGCCUACAGACGUCUUUAUCUUAACCCCCAGGGAGACACCACUAGAGUCAAAGCCCAGACUCUUGUGGACAGUCUCUCUGAGUUGAUGGUAGAUGCGUCGCUGGGAACAAUCCAAUGUCUGGAGGAGAUCGUGCAGGAGUUCUUUGGUAGUGGAAGCACUCUCCAGUCCACAGUAGUACAGGUCCUGUGGGAGAGAUUUACUGGAAAACGAGAAACAUCUGGCCUGUACAGGAGAGCUGCUGUGCUACUUCUGGGCAUGGCUGCACGGACAGAGAGGGAAGUGGUCCUCAGCAAUCUCGACACUCUUUGUUCGGUGGCUCUGGGAGAAAAAGUGACUGAAGACUUCCUUCUGGCCAGAGAUACUGUUAUCACCAUCUGCAGCAUCACUGAUCAUGUCAGACAAUCAAAGGGAGCUCCAUUCAGAUUGCCCCAGGACCAUCAGCUCUUCACCUGCCUCACACAGGCCAUUGCAGAUGGUGUGGUGAUGGAAGACCCUCACUGGCAAAGCUUCAUGGAACAGGCUGUUCGUCUCCUCUAUUUCCUGGCCGAAUCCCCUGACCAGCUGUGCUCCCGCCUCCUUCAGCGUAGUGCUCGCCUCUUAUCAGAUCAGAUUGCAGAAGGUGGGGAGGUCAACAAGGAUGCUGGCCAAUUGCAAGGUGGAUCUCAAGAUUCUGAUGAGCCAAUGGGUGAACAAGUGAACUGUGUGUGCCUGGCCCAGCUGCUCGCUCUAUGUGGCUGUGUGGCUUUCUGGCAAGUGUCCCACCUGGAGCGCAGUGUGAGCACUGAGUUGCGAAGGAGGAGAGGAGAGAAGGAGGAGAGGGAGGAAAAGGAGAAAGGUCCUUCAAACAAAACAAAGCAAGCAGCCAAUGAGAGUGCUGUGGAAGAGGAGCUUGGGUUGAUUGGUGCCUCGGCUGAAGAUACAGAGGCUGAGCUCAUCAGAAAAAUCUGCGAGACUGAACUACUUGCUGAGGAGAACCUGCUGAGUGCGUUCCUGCCCCUGCUGGUGAAAGUUUGCAGCUCUCCAGGACGCUAUUCCCACCCGCAGCUCACUACUGCUGCCUGUCUGGCCCUUUCUCAGUACAUGAUGAUCAGCCCAUCAGUGUGUGAAGAUCAUAUUCGUCUGCUGUUCACUGUGCUGGAGCGCUCAACUCUCCCUGUUGUUAGAGCCAAUGCCAUCAUUGCCCUUGGAGACCUCACUGUGCGCUUCCCAAACAUUUUGGAGCCUUGGACCCAGAACCUCUACGCCAGACUGAGUGACGAAGUCCCCUCAGUGAGGCAGACAGCAGUGACAGUGCUCACUCAGUUGGUGCUUAAGGACGUGCUUAAAGUUAAAGGUCAGGUCAGUGAGGUGGCCGUGCUGCUAAUUGACCCACAGCCGCACAUAACCAGCCUGGCCCUCAACUUCUUCAACGAGCUGGCCACCAAGGACAACGCAAUCUACAACCUUCUCCCUGACAUCAUCAGUCGACUGUCUGAUCCAGACAGAGGCAUGAGUGCAGAAGACUUCAAUACCAUCAUGAAACAGCUGUUCUCCUACAUCACCAAAGAAAGGCAGACUGAGUCUCUGGUGGAGAAACUGUGUCAGCGCUUUAGGACUGCCAAGACAGAGCGGCAGUGGUGUGACUUGGCUGUGUCGCUGUCUCUGCUGUCCAUGUGUGAGCGUGGUCUAAAGAGGCUGCAGGAGUGCUGGGAGUGUUACAGUGACAAGUUGACUGAGCCUGGAGUCUACCAGCCUCUGCUCUCCAUCACCGCCAAACUCCGCCGGGGGGCCAAACCCCAGCUCAAGGCCCAGGUGGACGAGUUUGAAAAGCGGUUGACAGCCGUUCACACGCGCGGGCUGGAGAACGUAGAAAGCCCUGAGAUGGAGGAGGAGAGCCAGAAAGGAGGAGAAUCCAGUGAAAAGACAGUCUUACAUACACCACUGCCCACCAGAGGCAGAAACAGGUCUAAAAGAGGUCAAGCAAAACCUUCCGUUUCCAGUCACGGUGAUGACAAUUUUGCAACUCCCCAAAAAUCACGCAAAUCUAAGAAACCAGUCAUCACCUUCAGCAGCGAUGAAGAGGAAGAUGAGGAGGAUGCUGUCAUGGCAGAGAGUGAGACUCCCAAAGUGACUACACCCAUCGCCCGCACAUCCCGACGAGCUCGCCUCAGACACUGAUCUUUUGUCUUGUUUUUGGCCCUUGUCUGUUUGUCACCUGUAAUCCUUUGUCUGAAAUUAAUUGUCUGUAAUUGUUUUACUUAUACACUCACUUCUACUUUCUCUAAUUUUAUUUUAUUUUUUCAUUCUUUUAACCUUUUUAGAUGUUGCCAAAUGGCUGCAACUAAAGUUGUGCCAUGGCUUAUUUUAUGUAAUGUCAUAGAAUUAAGCUUUUUAAAUAAACCUGGUUCUGGUUUGAUACAAACCAAA